AUGGGCUGCGCUCCCAGUAUCCACGUCUCUCAGAGCGGGGUGAUCUACUGCCGGGACUCCGACGAAUCCAACUCCCCCCACCAGACCACCACCAUCUCUCAGGGCACCGCGGCCACGCUGCACGGGCUCUUCAUCAAGACCGAUGCGGCCGAGACCAUCCCGUCCUCCGUCAUCAACACCUACCAGAACCAGAACCAGAACCAGAGCAGACACUCGCGCAACAACUCGUGCAGGGAGCGCAAGGAGAACAGCAGCAACAGCGUCCGCAUCGAGGCCGAGACGCAGACCAGCCACACCAGCGUCAAGGUUUCAGCUACUGAAGAAUGUGUAGGACCUAUGAGACUGACUCAAGAGCCCAUUCAGGUCCUGCUGGUGUUCGCCAAGGAGGACAGCCAAAGCGAUGCCUUCUGGUGGGCCUGCGACCGCGCCGGGUUCAGGUGUAACAUCGCACGGACGCCCGAGUCUGCCGUCGAGUGUUUCCUGGACAAGCACCACGAGAUUAUAGUCAUUGAUGGACGCCACUCGCGCUACUUUGAGCCCGAAGCUGUAUGCCGGUUGAUCCGCGCUACGAAGCCCUCUGAAAACACAGUUAUUCUGGCUGUUGUCCCACAAAAACCGGCUGACCAGGAGGAGCCAUCUGUUCUUCCUCUCCUCUGUGCUGGAUUUAGCAGAAGGUUUGUGGAGAACAGCAGUGUGUCGGCCUGCUAUAAUGAGCUCAUACAGAUUGAGCAUGGAGAGGUGCGCUGCCAGUUCAAACUCAGGGCUUGUAACUCUGUCUUCACUGCUUUGGAGCACUGUCAAGAGGCUGUGGAGAUCACGAGUGAGGACCACAUAAUACAGUACGUGAACCCAGCGUUUGAGCGGAUGAUGGGCUACCACAAGGGAGAGUUGAUCGGGAAGGAACUGACUGAACUCCCCAAGAGUGACAAGAACAGAGCUGACCUGCUGGACACCAUCAACACCUGUAUUAAAAAAGGAAAGGAAUGGCAGGGCAUUUACUAUGCCAGGAAGAAGUCCGGCGACAGUGUACAACAACAUGUGAAGAUAACACCUGUCAUCGGCCAAGGAGGGAAGAUUCGACAUUUUGUUGCCAUCAAGAGACCUCACAUUGACAACAAUAAUCAGGUCCACAAGUUCAACAAGGAGGAGAAAUGCAGCGGGGAACACUCUCAGUCAGAGUGCCAUUCUCUACGUCACCGGGACAGGAGGAAAGAUUCAAUUGACGCCAGAUCACUCAGCUCUCGCGGUAGUGACGCUCCCAGUUUACAGAAUCGAAGAUAUUCCUCCGUCGCCAGGAUUCACUCCAUGACUAUCGAGGCUCCCAUCACCAAGGUAAUAAACAUCAUCAACGCAGCCCAGGAGAGCAGUCCGGUAACGGUGGCUGAGGCUCUGGAUCGGGUGUUGGAGAUCCUGAGAACCACCGAGCUCUACUCCCCUCAGCUCGCCGCCAAAGACGACGACCCCCACACCAACGACCUGGUCGGGGGGCUCAUGAGUGAUGGGCUGCGGAGACUCUCUGGGAAUGAAUAUGUCUUCUGCAAAAAUAUGAGCCAGAGCCAGCUGGCCAUCCCAGUCACUCUGAAUGACGUCCCUCCACCCAUCGCCGAGAUGCUGAAUGAUGAGGAGUGCUGGGAGUUCAACAUCCUGGAGCUGGAGACGGCUACACACAAGAGACCGCUGACUUUCCUCGGGCUGAAGAUCUUCGCGAGUUUCGGCGUGUGCGAAUUCCUGAACUGCUCCGACGCCACGCUGCGCUCCUGGCUGCAGCUCAUAGAGGCCAGCUACCACUCGACCAACUCCUACCACAACUCUACGCAUGCCGCGGACGUGCUGCACGCCACUGCCUACUUCCUCCGCAAAGAGAGCGUCAAGAGCAGUCUGGACCAGCUGGAUGAGGUGGCUGCGCUGAUAGCGGCCACAGUGCACGAUGUGGACCACCCGGGCAGGACCAACUCCUUCCUGUGUAACGCCGGCAGCGAACUGGCGAUCCUGUACAACGAUACAGCUGUGCUGGAAAGCCACCACGCAGCCCUCGCCUUCCAGCUCACCGUCCGAGACACCAAGAGCAACAUCUUCAAGAACACAGACAGGAAUCAGUUCCGAACACUGCGACAGGCAAUCAUUGACAUGGUGCUGGCCACAGAGAUGACCAGACACUUUGAGCACGUCAGCAAGUUUGCCAACAGCAUCAACAAGCCAAUGGCUGCCAUAGAGGAGACCAGCACAAGUAGCGACUGUGAUGGUCAGGCCAACAUCAGGAACUCUCCAGAGAACCGUCUGUUGAUAAAGAGGAUGUUGAUCAAGUGUGCAGAUGUGGCAAACCCCUGCAGGCCGCUCGAGCUCUGCAUCGAGUGGGCUGGACGGAUCUCUGAAGAGUACUUUGCACAGACGGAUGAGGAGAAGAGUCAAGGGCUGCCGGUGGUGAUGCCGGUGUUUGACAGGAACACCUGCAGUGUGCCCAAAUCUCAGAUCUCCUUCAUAGACUAUUUCAUCACUGAUAUGUUUGACGCCUGGGAUGCCUUCGCCAGCCUGCCUGGUCUCAUGGAACACCUGUCGGAGAACUACAAGUACUGGAAGGGCUUGGACGAGAUGAAGUGUAAAAGCCUGCGUCUUCCUCCUCCUUCUUGACCGGCUCCUCGUCGCCUCCUCUCAUCCGUCACUCCGAGCAGGGUAGGACAGCGAUCUCAGCCCCGCGGUGGAACAAUUCGUCUCUUCAGCUGUGAUUCGACGGAGCUCUGUGUGCUUCCCAGGCGCCCUCGGACACGUUCACGGGCCAAAGCUGGGCGAUAGACGACUCAGAGAGCAGACAUCACUGACUGACGAAACACUGAGACGCUGUUUCAAUCUCAAAUCACAGCCUCUUUUCUUGUGUGGUUCUUGGCGGAGGUGGUGGUCCGCCAGCGGAGAACAGGUUGUCAUUUGAGGGCGCCGUCGUCUUCAUGGCCCCGUUACGUAUUCCUAAUAGCAACUCUAUGAAACUGUGUGGACCUCACGGCUCACCUGACAAUCUGUACCAUACAGUGUAACACACCAGAAACCUGCACUUUAGCUAAUCAAGACACUUUCAUUUUGAGCAUCCUCUUGCUGUUUUUGCUUUUCACAGUUUUUAAUUUUCUUUAAAACAAAUCUUUUCAUUCUACGUCUGUCUAUUGCUGUAAAAAAGAAAACGUGGUGAAUAAGAUGGUGACCAAAGCUGCUUGUUCCUUUUUCAAAUUGCCAACUUGCGAAGGUGCUCGGCUGGAAUUAUUCAUUCUUAUGAGCUGUGAUACGGUCUACACAGGAUGAGAGACACUUUGACUCGUGUCUGGGACCAAAUACUUAGCAAUCCCUGUCCCGGUUGGCCGUGUACAGAGAGAACUUGCUGGAAAGAUUUAAGAAUCUGGAGCUCCAGAGACAGUUAGCCAAGUACCAGGGUCCAAUCAGAGGGGGAGAACCAGCCAGCACACAGGUUUUCUAAAUGUCCAGCCCCGUAUACAGAGCUGACAUGGAAGAAGGGCUGCGUUUGAGAUGAGAUCAUGUAGCUACAUAACAGUAUCAUUGUCCUUUUGUUAAAGAUCUUUGUCAGAACAAAUGGAGGAACAGAAUUGCACUGUAUCAGAGCUGUUUAGCUGUGAUGCUUUCAUCAAGUAAUAUACAAAAUAUCAGAUGUUACAUACAUAGCUUUGUGACACUAACUGUAGACAUUUGCACCAAAAUAAGAAACCUGACUCGCUGAGUAUAAGCUUUGUAUGUGAAGCUACACUGACUGUUGUACGGUGCACAAAUCCUGUAGAGGCCAUGCAACGCUAAAGUCAAAUUAGCGAGUAGCUGUGUUGGACCUCACAGCGACCUGACUCCAGCUUGUAAAGAAAACAGCAGCGUCUAUCUGCUUCUAACGCUCAUCAGCUCCGGCUACGCACAUGGUUUUUGUUAAAAACGAUUUACUGUAUCUCAAAAAUCCUGCAACUGCAAUUCACCUUGCAGUCAUUUGGCUCUGUUUUGGGGGGAGAUCUAGUCUGCACAUGAUUUUCAGAUUAUUUUGGAUUCAGAGAAAUAAGACAAAGGCCAUCAGAUCAGGAGAUCUGCAUGGUGUGUCUGCCCUCUGGUGGCUCCACGGGGGCGUUGCAGUAGUGCUGGUCAGUUAUAUUACCUAGAAUUUAUUUAAUUAGUAUUAAUUAUUUGGCUUUAAUAUUUAAGCAUUGAACCAGUAUUACCUCUUAGUUAACGCAUCUUUUCUUAAAUUUUAACACAUGACGGUGAAACAGUAUUGGAAAGCACUAUUGCUAGCAGCUCAUUGAACCCUAUUUUAUAAAGAUUAGAAAUCAAAAUAGAGAUUAGUAGUUAAAUCUACAGAUAUCUAAACUAUCUGAGCUGCUUUGGUGAAAUUGUGUAAUGUCAUUAUUACCAGUUAGACUCCAGGAAACGCACAUUACAGUAUAUUAACCAAAGGCACAGAGAGUUCUUUACUGGUGCCUUAUUCUUUGGUCAUCUUUACACAAACUGAAGUAUUUGUUUUGGUUGAAAUAGUUUCUCCUCUCCUCUCCUCUAACGAAAAGCCAUACAUGUUUUUAAAAAUAUAUAUAUAUGACCUCGGAUAUGUUGCUUUAUGGUCUGUGCUACAGUUUUGAGUCAACUUGGUGAGUCAGUGUUAAUCGUUACGUCACAACAUUUUCUGUUUUGUACAACUAUGAGAUUUUUAAAGACAGGAAACUGAAUCAGGGGAAGUUGGAUCACAUGUGAAUUUCAUUAUUAGUUUGUCCGUUUUUAAACUUUAAAGAGACAGAACUGGUCACAUUCACGUUCAAUGUAUUCAUAAAUGAUAUGAAGUAAUUUCAUUGAUGACCAAGGUCUUAAUCAACGCCUUAAUCUUGUCAUGUCUCAGUGUUUAGGCCUGCUAUUGUUGCAAUACACUGUAAAACUACCUAAUGUACCUGCUGUUCUUGUAAAUACUCACCUAAUAUAUCAUUUUUGCUUUGCAUUUUACAUUAUUUGCUUAUGUAACGUUUAAAUCUCUAAAAAAACAAGAUUUUAAUUUUUUUUACAGUGACUUGAAAUGUGUCUCCACCUCUGAAUGUUUGACUGCUAUCUCUGAUCAUGAAAAGAUAUUUUUGCUAGUCGAUAAAUGAAGAUUUCUAUUCACAAAGACUAUUUAAAUAUUUCAGAUUUACAUGCCUUUUUCUGUGAGCAGCAGUGACUGGAGCGUGAUGAUAUCAAAUUAGAUGAGAAGUCACUUAACGCCUCGCUUUGAGUCUACUGAGGCAGAAGCAGAUUGUAGAACUGCUUGUUAUUUAAUGAUAAGCCUUCAUCACUUACAGUGAUUUCUAUUUCCUCUCUCUUAUCAUCUCCGACACUGAUGGCCGCGUGCCAACCCUGUGUUGUUUUCUAUCAUUUAUAAACAGGACAAUAAUUAGAGAGUUAUAUACGGUACAAAUUAUUUUUCAAAGAACAAAAUCUAUUGGCCAUGAGAACUGUAAUGUGUGUUUUGAAAGACUGUACUGCCUCAUGCAUAGUAGUGAAAAAAAGCUUUCCAUCAGAGCCGCUUAAAAUCUACCAUGUUUGUUUGAAGAGUUUAAUUUACUUUGCUCUCUCUGGAUUAUGAUGUCUUAUUUUGAUGUUCUCUGUCAAACACAGAAAUGUAUUGUGAGAGACGAUUAAAGCAUUCUUUAAAUAUCAA